UUAGCCGACGAUCAAAACCCGAAGAAACAGGGACGACGAUCGGCCACAGAAGGGCUCACGCCAUGUCUGGCCGGGCACCGUGAGCUGGGAGGCCUGGUCUGCCGCCGAACAAACGAUCCGUCCUCGGCCGCCCAUUUCCCUCCGCCUUCCCCGCCCUCCAUCUCAAUCGGCGGCCCUUCGCGACCCGAUUUCAGACCGACGGUGCGAGGUUUGCCCAGCCAUCCUGCUUUCAGUCGAGCCUGCAGCGACGUCGACCGUCGCCGGCGUGGGAAAGCGGGAAGAAGAUGGCCUUGUCGGGCUGGCUAUUCGCCGCCUCCCUCCUCCAGGCCCUCUGCCGAGUCCUCGCCGAAGAUGCGAGGAUAGCACCGAUCCCCGACCCUCCCGAGUGGCAGCUGGCCUCGCUCCUGCACCUCCAGCUCGCCGCCCCAGAGUCCGAGGCUCUGCACCUGACAUACAACGUGUACCCGCUGACGGAAGACGCGGGCCUCAACCAGACAGAUAGAAGCUCCAUAUGGAUCCGCGGGAGCUUAGUCGCGGCCGAAGAUCCUGACAACGCCGAUGCAUUGGCGAACCAGGACACGAUAGCCUUUCUCUGCUGCGAUAACGACAACGCGACGGCAGUCGUCAAUCGCCUCAUGGAAGACGCGCCGAGGGCGAUUCUGCUAUACAGCAUCCAUGGGAACAGCUGCAGCCUGGACGGCGACGACCUCAGCUACAACACGAUUUAUACCAUGGGUGAUUCGGAUGAGGCGGCGGACACCGUGAACAACACCAUCCGGGCCGGCGGCACAUUGCGAGCCACAAUCACGGGAAGUUUGAACGCGACCAACACGCCGUCGAGCACUCAGGAGCAGCAGAACGGGAGCAAUUCGGCGAUUGCGAUGAGCGUCCUAUACAGCAUCACGGGGCUCAUCACGGUGCUGUUCCUCAUCAUCAUUGUGUCGGGAGCGGUCCGGGCCCACCGCUACCCCGAGCGGUACGGUCCGCGGUCUGGGUACGGAGGGCGGCCGCCGCAGAGUCGAGCCAAGGGGCUGGCGCGCGCAGUGCUGGAAACGCUGCCGAUCGUGAGGUUUGGGGACCCGGCGAAGGGCGACCGGUCUUUCGAACUCGAGUCGCAACGGUCGGCGACGGCGCAGGAUCCGACCUUGGGAACAAGGUUAUCGGCGAUUCCGGAAGAACCGCGGACCCCGCAAGAUCGCAAGAGCGAUGUUGCAUCGAUGUCGGGUGCAGCACCCCAGCCGGAGGUGACACCGGCCGAAAGCCAACAGAGUGACGCGGAUGCGGUGGGUAGGGAGAGGCACAAGGCGGAAGGCCGCCCUUCCGACGAACAUGUCGUUUGUUCGAUCUGCACCGAGGAUUUCACAGUCGGCGAAGAAGUACGGCUGCUUCCGUGCUCUCACCAGUUCCAUCCACCCUGUAUCGACCCCUGGCUCAUCAAUAUCUCGGGGACCUGCCCCUUAUGCCGACUCGAUCUCGGAACACACAGCGAGCAAACCGCCGUGGCUGAUCGAGACGAUCCCUUCCUCUCCGCCCCGCCCCUCGCGGCUACAGAGAACUGGAACGAGCAUGACGACGGCACCACCACCGCCAACAACAACAACAGCAGCAGCAGCAACAACAACAACACCGCCCAACAACAGCGCCGACGGUCGUCGCGCUUCCUCGACUUGCAUCGGCUCCGGCACGCCUCGGUCGAGGAGCGCAUCGAGAUCCUCCGCCGGCACAGCUCCCGCCACCAGGCGCAGCGCGCAGCCGGUGGCGGGGGCGGGAACGGCGAGCUGACGGAGGAGGAACAGCGCGGGCGCAGGGCGCGGCUCGCGGACCGUCUGCGGGAGCGGUUCCACAUCCGGACGACGGCGCCAGCCGCGACGAUGACGACGACGACGACGACAGCAACGACUGGUCCGCCGGCUGAGGGCGGCGAGCGCUCUUGAGUUUGCUUUGCUCAUCUGCUGCGCGGUGGUGGCCAUGCCCGCCCCGCUCCGCGGUCCUGCCUGCCUGCCUGUCUCCCUGCCUGCCCUGCCUGCAUGCCCUCUCUAU